AUGUCGAGAUCUAUGCGACUGCUACAGACCGAGGUUUUACUUGAGAUGAAUAUGUGGGGAGUCGAAGGACUAAGUGAUCGACAAUUGAAGGGCACGCGAGCUUCGGACCGAUUAGAAACUGAUCGAGACCCGAUUACUUCUCCUUUGAAAGGCAAGUAUGAGACACUCGGCCACCAUAUCAUUGGUCUUGAUCACCCUGUAGGACGGCUGCUCACCGGAACCUCACUUAAAACACCUCGAUCGACCAACAAUGGAGGAACUCGGCGCUUCUCUUGUGUCGCACGGAUUGGAGUGAACGGUUGGAUUAAGGAGCAGAGAGGUGAUCGUCAUAUGAAGGUGGGUCUAGAGAAAGGUCAUCAACGGGGUCAACGACAGGAAGGCACCACGGGGUUUGAUAUCAAUGAAGUCGUUGUCGUCGUUAAUUUGCUCGGCUUAAUGAGGAUGCCGCGUGUCAUCGAUUACUGUUUUGCGGUUGAUAUCGAGGUCCUAGUCGAGUCAUUUCCCGUUGGUCGCCGGUCGUGA